UGACGUCAGGGGAAGCAAGGCCGCGGUAAACAAAACACUGGGUGGAGGCGUCGCCGGGAGAAAGCAUCUGUGGAAACCUCUGAUGCCUGAGCUCCCUCUGGGCCGCUCUCCUCUUACACCUGUCAUAAAUGGGGGUAAAAAUCACCGCCAGCUGCUGCCACCUUCACGCACUCUAGAGAAGCAGCGUGAGCCGCUCAGCGGACAGUUGAGGACCUUCCUGUCGGUGGGGCCGCGGGGGGAAACGUUAUCACGGUGUCCAGGGUAAAGCUGGCAGUGUAGUCUGUGGUGCCAGCACUGCUCCAUACCUUAAGAGCAUCUGUGAAAUACAGUAUUCAGCAUGCAUUGCCACUGAAAAUUAUACCCUGUACUUCAUAUACUGCCAUAAAGGAUCUAGGGCAGCUUAAUCACUGGUAUUAGUACCAGUGCCACAUAUUCAAAUAUUGGCGCAUGCGUAGAAGCACAAGUUCGAAAGCUCACUACACGUGAAGUCUCACUGAGAGGCACUGUGGGAAGGGAACUGGGCUGCACACUCACCCCACAAAGCACUAUUAUGGCUCGUAAGCGUGAGGAAAGGGCCAUCAAAAAUGCACAGCGUGCUGCAAGAAAAGCUCGUGCCAGCCAGGGUGGACAAGACCCAAGUUUUAUGUCAUUAAAGCAGCAGUUAGUUGCUAUGGGACUCACUCUCAGAGAAAUUCCUGGUGAUGGAAAUUGCUUAUUUCGAGCUCUUGGGGACCAGCUAGAUGGUACACCAAAUACUCACCAAAAGCAUAGACAAGAUGUAGUCGCUUAUAUGAGACAGCACCGAAAUGAUUUUGAGCCAUUUGUUGAAGAUGAUGUCCCAUUUGAUAGACACUUGAGCAACCUGGCUGAACUUGGCACGUAUGCAGGAAAUGAUUGUAUUGUUGCCUUUGCCCGUCUACAUGAAGUUGUGGUUGUGAUCCACCAAUUGAAUGCACCAUUGUGGCAGAUUUGUGGAAGAGACGGCAAAAAGAAUAUGGCAGAACUUCACAUAUCAUACCAUAAUGGAGACCAUUAUAACAGUGUGCGGAGAAUUGGUGACUGUUCAUCUAGUCCUGCUUGCAUCAAAUUAUCUGUUCAAGAAUCAGAAGAGUGUAAAGAUAAAAAGAAAAAUGGAACCAAAACCUCAGAUAAGGAGUAUGCAAGUGAUUAUCCUGAAGAUUACUGUCAAGACUAUACAAGUGAAGAAUACAAUUGGUCAGCGGAUGGUUUGGAUUAUUCUGAACCAGUGUAUGAAGGCUUGUCCAAAGCUGAACAGAUGGUCAUGGAUCAGACAGAAUGUGACGAUUUGCAGUUGAUCCGUCAUCAACUUCAGGCUCACGAAUACGAUGUCCAUGAAGCUAUUGAAUCUAUACUUAAUUAUAUUGUUCUGCAGCAUAAAGGAGAAUACCCACAAACUACCUCUAACAGUAGUAGUGGUCUCUGGGCUCCAAAUGGUACAGGAUCUCGUAUAUUCGGAGAAAAUGCUGCUGCACCUCCUCCACCUUCUAUUCAUCCAAGCUAUCAGAAGAAGACUCCGCAAGAGAAGAUUCAGCAACGCCUACGUGCACAACAGCAUAUCUCCAAUGCCAAGCGCAAAGAAUUAAAGAAGCAGUUAAGGAAACAACAAGCACACGAUCGUAAACGACAACACCAAGCUGGUCUUGAUACUGAUGAGGUAACCUCCAACUCUAAUGAUGAGUCUGAGGUAAUCAUUGUUAAAGAUAUUGGGUGUCUGAGUAUCUAGUUAUUAGUUGAUAAGGUCUUUUUUGAAAUGAUAACUAGUAAAUGUUCCAUUAUAUCAAGGCCAGGAAUGGAGUGCUGACUUAAUGGCUACAACAAUGUCAUUAAUGUUAGCUUCAUAAAGUAUGUAUGACAAUAUUGUUGACAUAAUCCAGAAGCUAUACAAAAAUAUUCAACAUGAGAUAUUUGCUAAAAGUAUUGUAUAGUUUUAACAUAAAUGUGGAUAUAUCAUUGUAAUCUAUAUUUUGAUGUUUAUAAAUUUCCACUAGUUUUAAAAUUCACAAAGUGACAGAUGCUCAGCAUUCAAUAUUUUUCUCAGAAAUGAUGUGUGUUCCAAUACUGGUAUAUUUUACUGGUAUGCUGUAUAAGUAAUUAUAAAUAGAGAAGUCAUAAAACUAGUCCUACAUUAAGUUAGCUUUUACUACAAUCUUGAGCAAACAAUGUAACGAUGUAAAAAUCUUUAUGGCUACAUGCUCGACCCCUUGGAUCCAUAGGUAAAAACACCAAAGGAAUACUUCAGUGUGAUCAAAUAUACAGUACAGUAGAUGAAUAAUAUUUUUUAAGUGAGCAACUUUACAUUUUUCUGGGCUCGCAUUGUAAUGUUUAUUUCCAACAAACCUUAUUUGACUGCACACUCAGCCUUGUAAUCAAGGUAGUUUAUAAUUUACGAAUUAGAGAUUUUAUUUAUUUUGUGGGUGAUCCUAAGUAUCUAAGUAUAUACUGUUGUGAAUGUCUUGAGAAUCUGCAUUUUUCUGACAAUUAUGCUUUUUAUUGAUAUCAAGACAAACUUGGCUGUCAUCUGAAUUUGAAAAGCUUAUCAGUAAAUAAGAACGAACUUCCUCUGUAAUUAGAGGCUUUGGUGUGAACACUGACUUUUGGACACAAUGCAUAUUAAACAUUAUAUUGAAACCAAUGUGGGAUCUAUUUAAUUAUUAUACCUUUUUGAUAUUUGAACUUACAAUUGCUUUAACCCUACAAAAAUACAAAUUUGUGGAUACAUAAAGUAAAAUUUUCUACAGUUAAUACUAUAUAUGUAUAUUUGUGAGCAGGAAAAUAUUGUUAUGAUCUAGCAGCUCUAUUGGAAUAAUUGACUGAAGUACAAGUACCUCACUGAACACUGUAGACUGUACAAGUACCUCACUGAACACUGUAGACUAGCACAAAAAGUACCUUCAAAUCAAUUUUAACCGAUCUUAAAAGGAAGUUCUGUGACUUAGGACACGUAGGUCAUGAAUACAAAUUUCACCAUUUUUUUGUUGGCAUUGCAUAUGAAAUAUACUUUCAAACAAAGGGAGAAGAGCUUUAGCUUUAAAUUUUCAGUAUCUUUUCCUGCAUGUGUAAGCUGGCAUGCAUGUGGACUCUGAUGAGAUACUUUGUUAGACUGGAUGUGUUGCAAGUGAAGUACAAUACUUGUCUGUUUCUUUCUCAAUAAGAAAUGGAAGGAAAAUAUUAGUUUUUUCCAGCAUUACUGUAGAUUAUGUGGAGUAUGAGACAUUGAAACGAGGCACUAGGUGGAUGUGCUAUGUACUUGGGGCCAAAGAAAAAUGACAUCAGAGGAUAGAUAGCUACAUCAAGUACAAUUUUUGUUAGUCUUGAAGUUCUGUACUAUAUUGUAUUUAGUUAACACAAGCACACAAACAUUUAAUGUUAAGAAAGAUUAGUUUUCUUUCUAUUUUAAAUUGUCACAUGUAUGUACAGUGGACCCUUCAAAAUCCAGAUCUCCAUAUAACGUUUGCAUUAAACAUUUGACCAAAUCUGACCAUCAGAUCUCCACUCUGAUAUUCUGUGUCAAAAAAAAUCUGAUUCUAGACAGGAUUCUAAUACAUCAUAAAAUCAGGAUUAAGUAAUUUCCAUCAGGUGGUAUUUUGUUUUUAAAAUUUGUUAUUCUUGUCAUACAGUAAAGGUCGGAGUGGAGGUGCCAGAAACCUCAUUCUGAAAAUUGUUCAUUGUACAGUAUCGCCAUAAGUAUUAAUUAAAAAGGAGCCCCAUGAUAUUUUAUUGAAAAUUUUGAACAAAAGAGUUCUGGGCAUGAUUCAUUUACGCUGUUUAGGGAUCAAGACCAUACUUUUGAACAAGCAAGUCUUAGGGUGUGGGAAAUAAUUCAGAUGACAGAAGUUUCUUCAGUUAGGUUCUCUUGGUGGAUAGCAAAUGUAUGACAGAUUGAAAAUAAAAUUUUGCUGGGAUAAAGUUGCUCAUAGACCAAUGGGGAAACUUAGGGUAUGAAUGGUAAUUAUUAGAAAAUUAAGAUUAUUUGCAAUUGUACUAUUUGCACUGAAUAGUUCAGCACUAUAUAUAAUAAUCCAGAUUUUGGAGGGUCAACUGUAGCUAGUGUGUAACGAUUAAAUAUCUGCAUUGUGAAACCUAUUGGUGACUUCACUUGUAUAAUAAACAGAUUAAUAUUUAAUAUACUUCUGUAAAUGUUGUGCAUAUUGCUAUUGAAUUUUUACUUGGGAGGGCUUGUAUGCUCACUAAAUAGAAUUUUUUUAGAGAAAAUUGUUUGUCCUGCUCUACUUGGAAUGAAAACAGUAAACCCUGUAUAAGGAGUCUAAACAGGUGCAAUUAAGUAUUUUAUAUAAAAAUCAGAAAGGUUAAAUAAUGUUUCCAUUUUAUUAAGAAAAUUCAGUCAAGUCAUGUGUAUUUUGAUCAUAAUAUACGAUGAUAAAAAGAUGCAGUAAUAAUUUUAAAAGUGUCAGGGAUUUUUGAGAGAGAAAGCAUGAAAUAUGCUUUGGAAAAACAAACAUAAUGAAAAGAAAUAAUACACAGUAAUUAAACCAGUCAUAUAUUUUGUGUAUUAAAAUUUAUACAAAUCUGGCAGAUUUAUUCAUCUUUUAGAGUGAAACUGACAUGUUCUCUUUCCUGUUCUUUUGAGUAAUGUCAUCAGCAUCUUAAGUAAGCAAUAUCUGGCUUUAAAGUUUAACAUAGCUUUUGCACCUGGUGCAUUUAUACCUCCCAACAUUCCAAUUCUUUGUCGACUUUCUCUUGAAGCAGUGAAUGUAGGUUGUUUUGAGGCAUUUCUGCUGUAAUUUGUUCUACUACUCAAUACAUACAAGUAUUGUCUUUAAUCUUUCAAAAAGCUGGUUGUGUGUUAAAAAAUUUCUACCCGUGUGCCCUUGUUCUGUUAUUUCAGCUGGAAAAGGCAUUGUUUAUCUGCUGUCUAUAGUCUUAAUUCCCCGGUGUCAUGUAUGUUAUCAUUAUAUCGCUUCUUGUCCUGUCUUUUGGUGCCGAGAGAUUCAGUUCUUCUAGCUCGUACCUCUUAUCUCUUGUACCAGUUUCUUAGCAUAUUUUGACUCAAUUUUCUUCUUGUGAAUUAUUAAAUUUGAGUUUCAUGCUUUGUUAUUGUUGUAGGACUGGUUUAAUGUAUGGUCUAAUGUAUAGUAUUUUGAAAAUUUCCUUGUUUAAAUUAUUGAAUGUUAUCUUUAUGUUUGCCAGUUUUGCAGAUCAUGCUGAUGUUACAUCUAUUCCAUAGGUCUCUUCUUUGUUGAUCCGUAUAACUCUCCCUCAUACUGUACUUGGAGUCCUCAACUUAAGACACAAUUCAUUCCUGACAACCAUUUAUAAGAUGUUUGGUUCUUUGGAACUUUCCCACAGGGGCUAUGAAAUGAAUGGGAAUUAGGUUCCUGGCCACCAAAAAUUCUCAACAUUUAAUAAAUUUUUAAGAAAAUAAA